CGUACAAAAUGAAAAAUACCUUCCCUAAAAAAAAAUCCUGUCCCCACCUUUCUCGUCUCCGACAGCUGCCCCUCUUCCCCCCUCCUCUUGCUUCUUCAGUUCUUCUUAGACAGCCGCCGUCGCCAACCCUCUCUCCCUCGCUGCCUCUGAUCUCUCUCUCGCCUCCGUCGACCAACCACAAACCGAAACACUGCGGAUUAAGGAAUAUGCAACUCACUCUUGAAUUCGGUGGAGGUUUAGAACUCCUUUGUGACUCUGUAAAGAUUCAUAAAGUCAACGUCGAGCAACAAAAGGGAGUAGAAAAGUUAACUAUGAAAGAUUUGCUUACUUGGGUGCGUACCAAUUUGAUCAAGGAGAGGCCUGAAAUGUUCAUGAAAGGGGAUACUGUGAGACCUGGUGUUCUAGUCCUUGUGAAUGAUUGUGAUUGGGAGCUGAGUGGCCUACUCAAUACCACGCUCGAAGAGAACGAUGUGGUGGUAUUUAUUUCAACCUUGCACGGCGGAUAGUAUUGAGAUUAUUGUUAUGUCUAGGAUGAUACAAAGUCCUCUGAGGAGAUGUUAUACUUCUUUGGUAUUUUUAUUGUUGUCUGUGAUUUUGCUUCCAGAAAGAAGUUUGGAAAUAGAUAAUAUAUGCGCUUGUCAGCGAAGUUGCGUUUGUUAUCAA